AUGAACGCUCGACCGCCCGAUUCCAUACUGCGCUGUACGCAUCACUUUGCUGCAAGGCCGAGCCUUACAUUUGAAGAGGCCAUCCAGUUUCUGCACCAACUAUGUUCAGGACCCGGUGCAAACCUAACCUACAGCUGGCAGUUCAUUGACAAACCAUCUGAGGGAGACAUAUGUGUAUACUUCCAAGUAUCUGCCCCAACUCCUCUCAUUGAUGGCAUACAUUACUUGGACAAUGAGACGACUUACAGGCCUAGUCAGGAAUUGGAGGUACAGGAAGUGAGAUUUGGAUUUAUUCCGGGUAUCGGAGAAAAGGAGGCUGGUCGAGUUCGUAAGCGAUAUCGGCUCGUACAUGGGGGACACCCGAGUAUUGUCCUUGUUCACUAUACCAAGGGACCCGCAAAGCCUUUGCCUCCAACGAUGAACGUACCCAUUCGGAAUUAUCCUCUUCCAAUUAUAAAUGAGCCUCCCAUGUAUGUCGUUGGUGAAAAGAGUGGUCAGAGGGUGAUGGCACCAAAUGCAGUCCAGUUAGCCAACCAGCAACAGCAACUUGAUGCACUGGCAGCGAGCCGCAGGCAUGCAGGCAUGCAGCCUCAGGCUAGAAAGCAAGAUGACGAUAGCGAUGAGGAAUCAAAUCGAGUAUCAACUCGUGCGCUUGCCGUUACUCGAUUUAAACGAAACCAUGAACUUCUGGCUGAAAUAUUUGCUGUUAAUGCCGCAGCUAAUGUCAAGGCGUCUAAUGCUUCAACCUCACAGGAGCAAGCGAAGCGCGAGCUAGCCGAAUUGACAGAGAAACUAAGCCAGGAAGAGCAUGAUAUGGAGGAUGUGAUCAAAAUUGAUGAGACAACUCCUGCAAGGGAGGCACCCAAAACUUCUACAUGA